CCCACAACUCCCCUCCCUAAAAAAUCAAGAAACCCACGACUUCUCUCUACAAAGAAACCCUUCGAAACCCUUUAAGCACCAUGACUUCCGCCGUGAAUCAAGAAACCCGCGACUUCCCCCUCCAAAGAAACCCUUCGAAACCCCUUAAGCACUGUGACUUCCGCCGUAAAUCAAGAAACCCAUGGCUUCCCUCUCCAAAGAAACCCUUCGAAACCCCUUAAGCAUCGUGACUUCCGCUGUAAAUCAAGAAAUCCACGGCUUCCCUCUCCAAAGAAACCCUUCGAAACCCCUUAAGCACCGUGACUUCCUCCAACGGCGAUGACGGGUGAGAGUCGUUCUCCGGAACCUUAAUGCUCGUGUAUGCUUGUGAGUUGUCUCUUGCCCAACUUGAUUUUUUUUCCUAGUGUUGUUUCCUGGUGUGGAAAACUGAAUGCUAUAGCUUGUGCUUCUGAAACGGGUGCAAGAAUUCCAAGUUUCUUCAUUUGUUGGUACUCUGAUCUAUGUGUCGUUACUCAGAAGAAGGUUUCGGAUAAGCUUUUGGACCAGACAAGUGUUUCACACCUCUUUCCCAUCACAAAGUACCUUGGUUUAUUGGCAACUGGCAUGACUGCUGAUGCUAGGACGCUGGUUCAACAAGCAAGAAAUGAAGCAGCUGAGUUUCGCUUUACAUAUGGGUAUGAGAUGCUAGUGGACGUAUUGGCUAAAUGCUCUGUUCCAUUGAUAGACUUAUAUUGUUGCAUUUAGAGCCAAACGAUGCUUCAAGUGUUCCUAAUACACCUUUGGAUGCAAGAGGAUCAUCUGGUGCUAGCAACCCUUAGAUUGCUUAUGAUGGAAUCUUUGGG